AUGAUUUGUCGAGACCCAAUAGAUGGUGUUUAUACAGUGCCAAGUGCUCUAAACAAAUUCGAAUGGUUUGGUUUAAUAUUCAUCCGACGAGGUGUCUAUACAGGAUCUAUUUUUCGCUUCACUUUACAUCUACCUUCAAAUUUCCCAUCUACAGAAAUACCAAGAGUAGUAUUUGAUUUGGAUGUUUUUCAUCCUCAUGUUGAUCCAAAUACACGAGAGCUCGAUUUGAAAAGAUAUUUUGUCGAUGGUUGGCAAUCAGAUCGCCAUCAUCUCUAUCAUGUUUUACUCAUUGUUUUUCAGCGGAUUUUUUUCUCAUUUGAUGCAGAUCCAACAACGUGUAUUAAUGUUGAAGCGGCAACCUUACUUCGUAAUGACCGCGAACUUUAUAGAGUGCGAGCUAGCGAACUUAUUAAGUAA